AUGGUGGCUGCUAUCGGCACGGAACAUGUUCGGAGGCGCCGGCGCAGUUGCCUCAUCGCUGUAUCUUCCGCGUUAGUGCUUGCCGGGCUAUCCUGUCUUCCAGAUGAAAGCACUUUUGUUGGCACUGCGCAUCGGAGCUCCCCCGGAAGCUACCAGCGCAUCUCGCCAAGGUUGCGAUCAGAAGGAUCAGCUCAAAGCGUGUCCGUGCUAGAGCGCGAGGGCGUGUCUGAAGACAUCGGUGAGUCAGCGGAGCUACUGCAGGCGCAAGCAGAUGUGGACGUGAAGCUGAGAGCAGCUGAAGCUAGACUGAAGCGAGCUACAGCGUUCAAAUUGCCAGAAGCGGAGGCCCUCUUGAUCGAGGUGCAAUCGCUGCAGCUUGAAGCGAAAGAGCUUGCAGAUCAGCUUGCGAAGAUCUCCAAGCCAGUCGCUGCAGAAGGAGAGAAGGAGCCAGAAAAGAAGGAAAAGGCACAGGAUGUGAAGUCCGACGAUCAAGGCACUCCCAUCAAGCUUUCGGAUCGGCUGAGCUGGGAGAAGAUCGAGGCCAUGUCAAACGAAGAGCGGUUUGCAUUAUCACAGGAGGUUGGUCCAGCAUUUGGACUUUCAGUGGCUAUUGUGGCCGUAUGUUACUGGUCCAUCACGCUGCCUAUACUCCUCAAUGCCUAUCAUGACAGUACGGGCGAAUGGCCUCGCGUCGAGGAGAUUUUCUCGCUUUCGGACGGUGGGAAAGCUGCCGGCGCCGUUGCAGGCAUUCUUGGCCUGGCCGCCCUGCUGAAGCCUUUGCGGAUCGCGGCCGCUAUCGCCCUAACUCCCUGGACGGCUGACAACGUCUUGCCUCUUUUUCCCUGGCUCUCACAGUCCGGCAAGAAGGAGGACAGGGGACAACGUCAUGCAAAGUCACUUCGACGUGUCCUUUUGCUACCUCUGGCGAGGACGGAGCUGGAGAGGCUUAAGGUGACAGUCUUCCGACUUCAAUGCUUGCGAACUAUUUUCCAGCACAUCCAGCAAUAUGCUGAGUGCUGCCCGCCAUUUUCACUACCUGUCGCGACUGGUCGAUCGGAUGUUCGGUCGCUUCGUCACAUCUCCGGUUGA